AUGACAACAAAACCUACCAUUCAAUUUAACGAUGUCACAACUCAGCCAGUGUUUUUUGUCGAUUCUCUCCCGUCUUCCAACCGUGUUUCCGUUGAAACUGAAGAAGAAGCAAAAGUACCACCACAACUCAAGAGAGACUCACCAACUAAUUACACUUCAGAAGAAGACGCAACUCAAAGUCUUCAGGCGUUGAAUGAUGUGACACCUGAAAAUGUUGACAAGUUGUUAUCCGAGUUUUCAAAACUCAUUUCAGUUGGGCUUGACCCAACACUUGAAAUUCCACCAUUCAGCGCCCUUGGUCUCAACAUACUUUAUUUGGCUGUCGAAGAUGUUGCCAAGUUUUUAAAAGAUAAUGAUGAUGAACUUUCAACACAUUACUAUCACCUCCUUAACAAGAUGGACAAGAGUUGUGUUAUAAUCAAAUACAUCGAUUUUGCUCUAUGUUCAAUUGAGGGGUUCUGUGGCGAUUCUGAUCCAGCAUAUCACACAACAAAGCGUGUUGCGUCAAUGGCUGCAACAUACAUCAUAGACUACAUCAAAGAACAAAAUUAUGUGAUUUCUUCAACAUCAACUGAUUUUAUUCAACUGAUACUUUUUGCAAUUCUUAAUUGCAAAAAAACACCAAAAAUGUGUACAAAGCUGCUCAAUCAAUUCCGAAAAUUGAGAGAUUUUAUAGAAGACUUCCCGCCUUUGGUUUUUGAAUCAGACAGCAGUCAAGAGGACUAUUUUUAUUGGUGA